CCCCGAGAGUACAUCGCGUUCUCUGUUCCGUCCGUCGUCUGUGACUUAUCUUCCGUCGUUUAUCAACUAUGAGACUCUCGCGUGUUGCUGUUGUCGGCCUUCUCUUUGUCGCUGCCCGUAAUGUCCACGCUCAACGUACCAACACCUUGACAAGCAACAUCAAGCUCAGCACAAACACUGUCACCGGCAUCCUUGUCCAGUCCCCAACUACAACAUCGUCCACGGCCACGCCGGCACCGGUGCUUGACGUCAUUCAAGCGGCGAUUGAAGCCGGUGCCACGUCCCAGCAAGCCGCUGUCAUCGCUGUCGCGGCCGACACGGGUGCUACUCUUGGCGCUAUCGUCGAAACGGCUAUCGCCGUCGGUGUCAGUCCGUCUGUCGCUACUGCCGUUGCUGCUGCGGCCGACUUGGCGGCGGGUGUGGGUGCGGAUGCCAUCACCAUUGCUCCUAUCGCCGACGUCAUCGAGGCCGCCCAGGAGGCUGGUGCGUCGCUGACCCAGGCUGCUGCCCUGGCCGAUGCCGCGUCGUCGGGCGUCUCGGGCAACGACCUCGUUGCCGUCGCCUUGGAGGUCGGUGUCAACGCGCUGGAUGCCGUCAACAUCGCCGCUGCUGUCGAAAUUGCGGUUGAGACGCCUGCGCCCAUCAUCGAGAUCAUCCAGGCUGCGCUCGACUCGGGUGCGAGCCUCGGCCAGGCCGCUGCCAUUGCGGUUGCCGUCAACUCGGGUGGCUCGCCUGCUGAAGUGCAGAUCGCGGCCAUCGAGGCCGGUGCUCCGCUCUCGGUUGUGUCGGCGGUCGUCUCGGCCGUGUCGUCGUUCACGCAGUCGACGGCGGGUUCGUUGAAUGCCACGCCGGCCCCGGUGCUUGAAGUCAUCCAGGCGGCGAUUGAAGCCGGUGCCACGUCCCAGCAAGCCGCUGUCAUCGCUGUCGCGGCCGACACGGGUGCUACUCUUGGCGCUAUCGUCGAAACGGCUAUUGCCGUCGGUGUCAGUCGUCAAGUGCAAGCGCCUGCUCCGAUCGCGGAUAUCAUUGCCGCCGCCCAUGACGCGGGUGCCUCCUUGCUGCAAGCAGCCGCUGUGGCCGAUGCCGCGUCGUCGGGUGUCACGGGAACGGUUGCUACCGCUGUGGCGGAAGCAGCUGCAACCCCGGCACCUAUCGCCGUUGUCAUUCAAACUGCGUUGGAUUCGGGUGCGAGUUUGAACCAAGCCGCCAUCAUUGCCACAGCAGUGGAAUCCGGUGCCAGUCAAGUUGGCAUCCUCAGUGCGGCGCUUGCGGCGGGUGUCUCCCCAAAGGAUGCCAUUGUCAUUGCCUCGGCUGUGGUCUCAAGCAACGGCUCUGGUACGGGGUCGCUUGCCGCCCAAACGAAGGCUGUGUUUAACGCUGCUGAAGGCACAGGCGCUAGCCCCGAGCAAGCUGCGGUGCUCGCAGUCGCGAUCCAAACCGGCGCGACUGAGGCCGAGAUUGCCGACAUUAUCAAGAACAACGGCGUCGGCUCAUUGAAGGCUGACAUCAUCGCCUCGACGCUGAGUGCGCUUACCCCUGGCAGCGCGGCCAACAUUGAAAAGGUCGACGAGCCCGAAAAGAUCAUUUCGAACAGCGAGGACGCCGGUAUUCCGCCGGGGGUCGCCGCGGAGAUCGCUGUUGCUGCCGGUCAGGGCGAGACAAAGCAGCAAAUCGAGCAACUGGGCGUCGACGCGGGUGUCUCCGCCCAGAUCGUGUCGAACAUUUUUGCCGGCAUCUCCACGGGGUCCCACAAAUCCGAGCCGGAACCGGCCACCGACGACAACACGUUGCCAGCGUACAACUUUACGCCGGCGCCGACAGCCGUGGGCACCGAAGUCGACACGCCAUCCACGACCGGCGGUGUGUUCCAAAACAUUGUCGCCUAUUUGACGUCGGCGCCCGCGACGCCGAGCCUCCGAUCGCGUCCGCAGUGCGCGCCGACGGCGUAA